AAGCAACCAGGGAUGUGCUAGGGGCCAGCGCCUGGCACUGCGGGCAGGGUCAGGACAGGGGCUGGGGACCCUGGGGCCCCCCCUGCCCAUGCAGGCACCCCCGGCUCUGCUGUGGGCCCCCAGCCCUCAUGUGGAGGCAUUGGCAGUGUGUCUCUGCCCCCCCCAGCCCUGCCCGUGGGCCCCGGUGCGCCUCCCUCUGCGAUGUGCAGCUGAGCUGUGUGGCACGGGCCCUCGGUGGCCUGGACCGGGCACCCCACGCGCCGCCCAGUCGGACCUUCAUCAACUUGGCCGGGCCCUUCACCAACAAACGCAAGGAGUACUCGGAGCGGCGCAUCAUUGGGUAUGCCAUGGAGGAGAUGUAUGACGUGGUGUCCAACGUGGACGAGUACAAGUGCUUCGUGCCCUGGUGCAAGAAGUCGGUGGUGGUGUCGCGGCGCGCGGGCCACGUGCGGGCGCAGCUGGAGGUGGGCUUCCCGCCAGUGCUGGAGCGCUACACCUCCAUCAUCACACUCGUGCGCCCUCACCUCGUCAAGGCUGUCUGCACCGAUGGGAAGCUCUUUAACCACCUGGAGACCAGCUGGCGCUUCAGCCCCGGCAUCCAGGGCUACCCCCGCACCUGCACCGUGGACUUCUCGAUCUCCUUCGAGUUCCGGUCCCUGCUGCACUCUCAGCUGGCUGCCGUCUUCUUCGAGGAAGUGGUCAAGAAGAUGGUGGCUGCUUUUGAGCACCGGGCAGCCGCGGCCUUCGGCCCCGAGACCCGCAUCCCCCGUGAGCUCAUGUUCCAUGAAGUCCACCAGACGUGAGGAUGCUGCCAGGUGGGCGCGAGGGGAGGGUUGUAUGGACCCCCCCAACCCCCACCAGCCUUUUAACUAUUUAUUGGACUGCCUCUGUCCUGACCUUCUCUAAUUUAUCUCCAGAGCCAGCAGCCAUCCUGGCCUGGACUCCCUGCCCCGGCUCUUCCCCCUGCCCCAGGCUCCAGCCUGUAGCUACAUUUACGUUAUUUUAUCGGGGAGUGGGGGGGGGGGGUUUUCUGCACCCCCCCCAUAGGGCAAAGGGGGACCCCCACCCUUUACUGAUUUGGAGCUCCCAUAUACUGCUGCAAGUGCCAAGCCCAGUGGGCACAUGCGAGUGAAGGCAGUGGGAGGUGGGGAUUGCAAAGGGUAGGGCAAGGCCUGAAUGCCUGCAGCACCACCCCUUCCAGCAUGGCCUAGGGCCCGUGGCGGGAUAGUGGGGCUGGCGCCUGGGGAGAAGAGGUCGUGUCUGGCUCUGGGGCUGCACCAGCGGAGGCAGAAGGGAAAGGGGAGGUGCACAGGCGGAGUAAAGGCAACAGAGUCCGAGUGACAGCUGAACUGGGGGGGGGGGGGCCCAGCCCGGGGCCCCCCGCCCCCAGCCCCCAAAGGGGC